AUGUCGGUUGCUUUGUCCAAAGACGAAGAAGGCUUCAUCACUCCCACCGUAGCCGGGAAGGCUGCCCCACAGCAAGAUGCCCUUCCAACAGCGAGCGCUAGCAACUCUGAUUUAUUCUCGUCGACAUUCGAAGUAACGGUGACGCUCGCUGAUCAGCAAGGCAACCCAAACUCUCCACUGUAUAGCGCGAAGUCUUUCCAAGAACUCGGCCUUCACCCCGACCUUUUGAAGGGAUUAUUUUCCAUGGGUUUUGAUAAGCCCUCCAAGAUCCAAGAGAAGGCGCUGCCGUUGCUUCUUUCAGACCCACCAACAAAUAUGAUUGGUCAAUCGCAAUCAGGCACAGGAAAGACAGCAGCCUUCGUCCUCACGAUGCUCAGCCGCGUCGACUAUAAUCUACAUAAGCCUCAAGCUCUAUGUCUUGCUCCAUCCCGAGAACUCGCAAGACAAAUCAUGUCUGUUAUCACGUCCAUGGGAAAAUACACGAAUGUCCAAACCGAAUACGCUAUCAAGGACAACCUACCAAAGGAUGCGACUAAUAUUACAGCACAGAUCAUUGUUGGCACGCCGGGUACGAUGAUGGACCUGAUGAGGCGCAAGGUCAUUGAUACUUCCAAUGUCAAAGUUUUCGUACUGGAUGAGGCCGAUAACAUGUUGGAUCAGGAUGGGUUGGGAGACCAGACCCUUCGCGUGAAGAAUAUGCUUCCACGGAAACCUAUCCAGAUCAUCCUCUUUUCCGCCACCUUCCCCGACAACGUCCGUUCCUUCGCCUCCAAGUUUGCGCCAAACGCAAACAAGAUCGAGCUGCAGAAGGAAGAGUUAAGUGUUGACAACAUCAGGCAGUUCUACAUGGACUGCAGGAAUGAGGAGCACAAAUACGACAUCUUGGUGUCGCUCUAUCAGCUCUUGACGAUCGGUCAGAGUAUUAUCUUCUGUCAGCAUCGGCAUACAGCUGACAGAAUCUCGCAACGGAUGACGGCGGAAGGGCACAAAGUGGCCUCGCUACAUGGAGCGAAAGAUGCUAGUGAACGCGACGCCAUUAUUGACCGCUUUCGUGAGGGUCGCGACAAGGUGUUAAUCACGACCAACGUCAUCGCCCGAGGAAUCGACAUUCUUCAAGUGAACAUGGUCGUCAAUUACGACCUGCCGCUGAUGAACGAGCGAAUCAAAGGUGCCGAUGAGAGACCCGAUAUUGAGACGUACAUCCAUCGCAUCGGCCGAACCGGUCGCUUUGGUCGCAAGGGUAUCUCUAUAAACUUCGUGCACGACAAGAAAACGUGGUUGCAGAUGGAACAAAUAGAGAAGGCGUUAGGAAGAAAAAUUAUGCGGAUAGAGACAAAUGAUUUGGAUGAGAUGGAAGAGAAAAUGAAGCAAGCGUUGAAGUAG